UGAAGCCGACGGAGUUUGAGAGAGGGAGAGAGAGAUAGGGACAAGAGUGGCCCAUCAAUACUGUGACCAAGCACAGGAGCUCAACACACACCCCUAACUUUAAUCGCAAGCAUCUCGAUUCCGGGAAGUCCUGCAACACCUCGAACCCUCGGCCACUUUCCCAACCUCUCAGAUCAAAACACGGGCACUAAGGGCCUUUUGUCCGGUUUUAAAGUGGACCUAACACCGCCUUACAUUAUUGACAUGGGAGACAUGGGGGAUCCACCAAAAAAAAAGCGUCUAAUCUCGUUGUGUGUCGGCUGUGGAAAUCAAAUCCAUGAUCAGUAUAUUCUGCGAGUGUCCCCGGACCUGGAGUGGCACGCGGCGUGUUUGAAAUGUGCAGAAUGUAACCAGUAUCUGGACGAGUCCUGUACGUGUUUUGUGAGAGACGGAAAAACUUACUGUAAACGGGACUACAUCAGGUUAUACGGGAUCAAAUGUGCUAAAUGCAACAUUGGUUUCAGCAAGAAUGACUUCGUGAUGAGAGCACGCUCGAAGGUUUAUCAUAUUGAGUGCUUCAGAUGUGUGGCUUGUAGUCGGCAGCUCAUCCCAGGAGAUGAGUUCGCUCUGCGGGAAGACGGGCUCUUCUGCAGGGCCGACCAUGACGUGGUGGAGCGGGCAACAAUGGGUGCUGGUGACCCAUUAAGCCCAUUACAUCCGGCGAGACCUUUACAAAUGGCAGCAGAGCCCAUUUCAGCACGUCAGCCUGUGCUUCGACCUCAUGUGCACAAGCAACCUGAGAAAACAACCCGCGUCCGGACAGUCCUCAACGAAAAACAGCUCCAUACCUUGAGGACUUGUUACAAUGCCAACCCUCGACCUGACGCCCUCAUGAAAGAGCAGCUCGUUGAAAUGACGGGUCUCAGCCCGAGAGUCAUCAGGGUUUGGUUUCAAAACAAGCGCUGCAAGGACAAAAAAAGGAGCAUACUGAUGAAACAACUCCAGCAGCAGCAACCCAACGACAAAACGAACAUCCAGGGGAUGACGGGGACUCCAAUGGUGGCGACCAGUCCAGAGAGACACGACGGUGGUUUGCAGGCAAACCAAGUGGAGGUGCAGAGUUACCAACCGCCUUGGAAAGUCCUGAGUGACUUCGCACUGCAGAGUGACAUCGACCAACCUGCUUUCCAGCAACUGGUGAAUUUUUCCGAAGGAGGGCCAGGCUCGAACUCCACGGGGAGCGAGGUCGCCUCAAUGUCCUCGCAACUGCCUGAUACACCAAACAGCAUGGUACCGAGUCCUAUAGAGGCCUAGGCGAGUGGAUUAUCUCCUGCACCAGAAGUUUGGAAAAGGACGUGUCCGGGAACCAAUCUCAGAGAGCGGCUCGUGAAGUUUCUUCCACCCCUAUUUCAUUUAGGGCCGCUCCUGAAUAAAAACUCAUCCUCCAGCUGCACGAGGCCUCUAUAUCGAAACAACCCUUGGUUGUAUUUAUACACUGUGAUGACAAUCAUGGGAUUUAAACACACUCCAACGAGCAAGUCCAACGAGUGUUGCGAAAAGACCAUUUAAAGUUACAGACUCCAGCGAGAGUGACCCAGCCGGCGCACUUAUUCACACACCGAACCUGACAUGAUGACUGCAGUGCUCCGCGGCCGAGUGGACCUGGUCGGCUACACUUUCGCCAAAUACUCCUCCACAUUUAUUUAUUUAUUUAUUUAUUUUCACUUUUAACGACAAAUCAUUGGACCUUUACGGAUACAAGACGCAAGAGAACUUAAUCCAAUUUACAUUCAUAUAGCCCACUUUUGUGCGCAACGUGAGUAGCCUAUGAAACCAUGACUGUUUAUUCAGUUUCUAGAAAAAGAUCGAAAUUGGACUAGUUCACAAAAAGAGGGUAUGGCAGCCGAGGUCUACUGCGAUUACAGUUUUGUCAUAUGGUCUCUUUUCAAACAUCAAGCCCAAGUACUAAAGCAUUGCAACAAGGUAUACCUCUAUUUUGCCACAAGCUUUGUGGGAAUUUCAUGUGUUCGUGUCCGUCCAAGAACUUUUUUUGUUUGUUUGUUUUCCAAAGAUAUGUAUAGGUUUAAGUUAAGUUAAUAUGACUGAUUCGCUCUGGAGGUUACGUUUUGUUCCUGUAUUACAAAAUAUUUUAUUAUUUAUUGUCGAAAGACAUGCCACUUUUGUGUACUUUUACUUGCUGUAGAAGUAAAAAGGAGGAAAAGAAUAUUGUCGACUCCGAAUGAUCUAUCACAAUCGACGUGUCCUGUCGUUUGAUCAAAGACUGAUGUAAGAACAACGCCAUAUGUAGAGUUAUCUUCAGGAAUAUUUGAUCAAUAAAAAAAUGACGUGUACUGUAAGUAACCGGCCGGACACGUUGGGCUUUCUUAAA